CUCCUCUCUCCUUGGCAGUACUUCUGUGCUGUGGCUGUGGUACUGUCCUGAACAAUAUCACUACCAAUCACAUGCUUUAUUUUAUGUUAGGGUUAGCGUUAUGUUUGGGUCCCACAAUUCUAAUGAAGCAAGGUUUCUAAUGCAGACAGAUCUGUCUGUAUAAAGCUGUACCAGACAAUACUGCUUCUCUUCUGCUCAGUCAAGUAAUUGCUGGCACCCAGUGACUAUAAAGUGUUACUGCAUGGCUAUUGACCAGACCUGUCCACAAUAACCCUUUUACCUUAGGCUCAGUAGCCUAAAUUCGGGAAAAUAAAACAUCAGAACAGACAUAGGCCUAUUACAUAGUACAACAUAUUACAUAUCACGGGAGGUCUGGCUAUGCAAGAUUAUUAUGGCCCCACAAAUGCGCGUGCACUUGUACGCAAGACGGUCACGGCUACUGCAUGUUCUUUCAUUCUACAUUCAGGAGUCCUCGUUAAAAGGGGAACUAACAAUUUCAAAGGCUUGAAGAUGAUGCCAGCUACACACUCUACAAAGAUUUUAGCCUGUGCAGAAAUUCUGAAACGUUAAAUAGCUUGUAUACACAGUUUGACAGUGUGAUAAGUUAUUAAAUGUUUUCACAGCUCGUGAUAGCCCACAUGCUCUAGAAAUACAGAUCACCAGCCUGGGCUUUUUAUUCUGUAUUUUGCCACCUUGCUGAGGACAUGGAUACCCCAAACAGUCCUAACUGAAAAGCUGAAAGUGACCGUUUUAGUAGCAGGUUACAUACAUCAGUGGGAACUUUUCACAACAGAGGCUAUCUCUAAGAUACAUAAUGUGUAUUUUUGGGUGAGAAAUAUAACGUAUUCUUUAACGAUCCAUAAAAAUGCCAGCUACUACAGCCUAGUUAUUCAAAAAUGCUUUGCACACGGCUGGUUUAAAUAAGUACAAUGAGUGAUACAUUUAGAAUACGAGCGCACUCAAACGUACACCCGCCUGGCCAUAGCUUUUCUAGCGAUUCACUCUGAUGACGUCACUCCCAGAGUUGUCAUGGCGUCUUUAGGACCGAGGCUGCUGCUGCAAUUUAGCUAAAAUCUGUCGACAGUCUGUAUACCGAAAUGGAGAAAAAUGCAAACCUCCAUCCAGACACUGACGGGAGCUCUUUGUGUGCCACGAUUGCGGGAGAGAUGGACGAGGUUACAGCUGUCGGAGGAGUGAAAGGAGCAGCCGAGAAAUGCAAGAAUAGUGAGGCUCCUCUCAGUACUUUGGUUAACGUUAGUUGUAACAACGGCACCACAAACGCUAGUGCUCCCAGCGCCGGGGAGUCUGACGUGCCAGGAGUCAUCGAAGUGUUCUCCGUGCUGGAGGAUGGGAAGAAGGACGCCGAGGCGAGCGGACCGUGCUCGAGUUCUAGGGAUCAGAUCAGCAAUGGGAUGGGACAUGAUUUGGUCCUGGCUGCAGAUGAUAGCGAGGGUGGUGCCUCAAAGUUAACAAACAACAAACCCGACGGCCCGGCCUCGCAUCCCACUAAGGAGAGCACCGAUGUCCAGGCAGAGACUUUGACUUGUGGAGAAAGUGAACCGACAAAACUUGCGAAACCGACUCAUCUGUGUCCGGACAAUGUAAUCACAGCAGGUGUCAAAUUGGGGCUGUCCGGUGAUCACACCUUAUCGGAGGGAUUGCCGAGUGGGAGUGACCCCGAUCCCAGCCUUGGCGGGGAGUCCCGAAGCAUAGAUUCACUCGAGUCCUUCUCCAACCUCAACUCGUGCCCCAGUUCCGACCUGAACAGUGAGGGGCUGGAGGACAGAGGGCUGGCCCUGGCCGUGCAGAACGAGUACGAGGCAGAUGGGACAAAGGCUUCGUGGCCUAAGGACCGGGCCGGUCAGUCCAUAUAUCACAUCAAGUGGAUCAAGUGGAGGGAGGAGAAUACGCCGAUCAUCACCCAGAACGAGAACGGUCCCUGUCCACUACUGGCAAUCAUGAAUGUCCUGCUGCUUGCAUGGAAGGUUAAGAUGCCACCUAUGAUGGAAAUUAUAACUGCUGAGCAGCUGAUGGAGUAUCUUGGAGACUACAUUCUGGAAACCAAGCCUAAAGAGAUAUCAGAGGCUCAGCGGCUAAACUAUGAGCAGAACAUGAAUGAUGCAAUGGCCGUGUUGCACAAGCUGCAGACAGGUCUGGACGUCAAUGUGAAGUUCACAGGUGUGCGAGUCUUUGAGUACACCCCAGAAUGCAUUGUGUUUGAUCUGCUGGACAUCCCUCUUUACCAUGGCUGGCUGGUUGACCCUCAGAUGCAGGACAUUGUCAAGGCAGUGGGUAACUGCAGCUACAACCAGCUGGUGGAGAAGAUAAUAUCCUGCAAGCAGUCAGACAGCAGUGAGCUGGCAGGGGAAGGCAUCGUAGCAGAGCAGUUUCUGAGCAGCACAGCCACUCAGCUGACGUACCACGGCUUAUGUGAGCUCACAUCCACUGUACAGGAGGGAGAGCUCUGUGUCUUUUUCAGGAAUAACCACUUCAGCACCAUGAUCAAAUACAAGGGCCAGCUGUACCUCCUGGUUACAGACCAAGGUUUCCUGACGGAGGAGAAGGUCGUCUGGGAGAGUCUGCACAACGUUGAUGGGGACAGCAACUUCUGUGAUUCAGAGUUCCGGCUGCGACCUCCUUCUGAUCCAGAGACUGUGUACCGUGGCCAGCAGGAUCAGAUAGACCAGGACUAUUUGAUGGCGCUGUCACUGCAGCAGGAGCAGCAAAGCCAGGACCUGCAGUGGGAGCAACUCCCCGAGGGCAUCAGCGACCUAGAGCUGGCGAAAAAGCUUCAGGAGGAGGAGGACCGACGAGCCUCCCAGUACUACCAGGAGCAAGAGCAGGAGCAGGCGGCGGCAGCUGCUGCAGCAGCAGCACAGGCACAGAGCUCUCUAGUCCACAACAAGUCACAACCAGGAAAUGAAAACAAAAUAUCUCUCCUGCCAUGUACACAGGGCCAGCAAGAGCCUGCCGAGGGGGACAACGCAGACAGAGGAGGUGCAGGAGCGGGCGGAACAGCAGCUGGUGCUGGCAUGGCGGCCGCAGCCACGCUCAGCCCAGGAAAACAGUCCUCUAGCGGGGACCGCAAAGCUAAGAAAGAAUCGAAGGAUAAAGACAAAUGUGUUAUUUUGUAACAUAUAGCGCGUCUGUGCGAGUGUGUGUGCGAGUGUCUGGUGCAUUUGCUUAUCUGUGAGGAGGGGGACAGCAUUUGUUUCUCCAUGGACAGGACACACCACGGAGUCCCCACUUGAUGACAAACGAGACAAUUGAGAAGAGACACAACAAAACAAACAGAGGAUUUGCUGUUCCCAAACCACUGGUGCCUGCUAUCCUCUAACCUCAGUGGAACCUGGACAUCAGAGGAAUGGACACUGUAACAACAACAAUUAGCCCUUAUCGUUCAGAGAGUCAGACAACCUUUGUUCUAAGUUGCACAGUGCACUAUGUUUGUGAUGUGGGUCAAGUUUCUCUGGGGCGGUGUAUUUUAUAGCAAAAUACAUAAUCUGAAGAAGCAAAAUGUCACCCUCUCACCAUGUUAGUUCCAAAACAUUCAUUUUUCACUAUUGCAGCACAUGUACUUAUCAAUAUUUACAAAUCGCAUAUAGACAAACCCACUUUUGCUGCUUUGGUUGAGGUUUUUUUUAAUUUAGCUGUUGAUGCCAAGAUUCACAUUUUGUUUAACUAUCUUUUGGGAGAGGAUUUUAUUUUUUCUGUAAGAUGAGAGGGAUUUUCUCAUUGUUGUAAAUCAACGUAACACUAUUUGUGUCCCCUCUGAAAAACAUCAUGUACCUAAUGGUUAAUUUAUGCCAGAUAGCUGCCAGAUACUGUAGCUACAUCACAAUACUCAUCACAGCUUGCCCAGUCCAGAUUUGCCUUACCAGACUAUGGCAGUGUUGUAGUCUGCUCUGUUUGAAUGCGAAUGUGUGUUUGUUUUCAUGUGUAUGGUUAUGUACAGUCUACGUGUGCUAUCUGGUAUAAUGGCGUGUGGCAUACGUCUCAUUCACUGAGCAUCACUGAUGUAACAAGUUUCAGUUUGGAAAUAGCCAAAUCUUUUAUGCUGUACUAGUUACGCUACAAAUUUGAGACAUUUAAUGUCGUUCAUGUUGUGGAUCUAUUUCACAAAAACUAAGUUUUGGACAGUCAUAACGCUGCAGAUUCUAACUGGCAUAUUUUGUUUGAAUUGGAUGUUUCUGUGACACAACUAGCUUUUGGCAGAUGAGAUCUGUAUUAGAGUGCACCCAGUUUAGAGUGUAUGGUAGUUCUGAAAGAGAUACCACAGACUCUAGUGAUUUGCAUGUGACGUUCCUCUAAACACGGAGAAUUCAGUUUAUAUUUACAAACAUAUACUAUUUAUUUUCCCCACGCAUGAGAACAAAUUUCACACCUGUGGCAUCAAGAUAUACAACAUGAACUCCAUCUACAGUGAUGGGAUGUGUUUCAUGCUGUAUUUGGCUGUGUCGAGUACAUAUUUUUAUCCUUGUUCUCCCCAGAAGAAUCUCAGUCACCUUUAGCAGCUCCUUCUUAUUAGAAACAUGAAUAAAUUAACCCCUCUGUCAAAUUCAGAUGCAGGUAACUUGAUCUAUUUGUUGUUGAAAAUAAGUUCACACAGACUGAGCUGUCCUGGGGGGAAUAGGAUGUACAGUACAUUCUGAAUACUGCAGUUCUGUGGAAUGACCUUUUACUUGUGUGCAAAGACAUGAUGUACAUAUUUACCUAAUGCAUUCUUAUAAUGGAUUUAGCUAGUGGUCUGUGCCAUUAUUGUACCAUGGGUCUGCCUCCUGAGAAACCUUUCUAUCUAUACAUUCCAAUUGGAUGCCUUGACUUGAGCCUUCUCUUACAGACUGAGGGAGACUGUUGUCACAGGAAGUCUUUGUAGUGCUUGUAAAGCGGUCUCCAUUAUUUUGUUCAGUGAGAACAAAUUCACUGUCAGGACAGGAUGAUUACAUGGAGGCAGCAGGCUACCUACUGUGUGGGAACCUUUUCUUAUGGGCUUUGUGUGAUGGCUGGAGUUUGAGCUCUGUGUUUGUUUGGCCCUAACAAGGCUAUGUUUUGUAUAUAUAUAUAAGGCCUUACAACAUUUCAACAUAUUUUAUAGGUCAAAAGGAAAAAGGCGUACUAUCAGAAUGAGACAAUCCAUACAUUUUUUUCACACGAACAUCGGAAACAUUCUCUUAUUGAAGGGACAUGUCCUCGAGUGUCUUUUUCAAAUGGUAUGCUUUAUAAUGGCACAGUUCCUUGGCCUGUAGUCACUUUGUCUGUCACAACUUUAAGUAUCUGUGUAUGUAUACUCACAACUAUUUUGACACUUUGAAGGACUUAACACUAUAUUAUUUAAGAUCCUCAUUGUUGAGCUUCACACAAAAAAAAACAAUGAACUAAGCUGCUCCACUUGUAUUAACUUGGACUACCUGAUAAAAAAUAAAAACUUCCUUGGACAGGGUUGAGGAACAUUAACUAUUUAUACUUUUCAUUGACUCAUUAGCAGUUUUUUCCAUACAGCUUAAAUAAAUAACAUAUAAUCAUAAAGUAAAAGAUGGAAGGAGGUGGCUUUCUGGCAAUAUUGUGCUUUUUUUGUCUGUUUUUACCCAGUUUCACCUCAUUUACAGUGCGAGUCAGCCCAUCAAGCGCUGAUUAAACAUUCCAGUGGAAGCUUAAAAAAUGAAACUUCACUUAGGCCAGUUUGAACUAAUGUGAGAAUAUUCUAUGAUGGUUGGUGUUUGUAUUAGUGGGGGAAAAGCACAGAGUGACACAAGCCACAUUUUGUUCUUAUUAUUAUUUCAAGUUUAGUACUGCACAUUAGCUUGCUAUCCCUAGUCGCCAAAAUGUCAUACUUUUGAUGUAAUGUGUUUGUUUCACCCUAUUUCCUAUGAAGAAUUCAGAAGGCUAUUGUGUGAUCAAUGUCUCAAAUUGGUUUCUUGUAUGCCUUGUAAAAGUGAUAGUGGGAUAAAUGCUGUAAAAUGUUUGACAAGGUGGUUGUUGAACAGAUAACUGUUGUAACUGGUUACACUGAUAUGCACUAACAGAAGAGAAGCAUACCUCAUUUUAUACAGACUGCUAUUGUUCUUUGGUACCUUUUAAAAACAGAAUAAUGGCCAAAACAAUUAUUUCAACUUUAUAGUUAAUUUGUAAUAGUAUAAAAGGGCUUUUUACUAUUUUUGGCCUAAAAUGACAGAGUACAUUUAUUAAAAGGCAGUGCCACUUCAAUAGAACUUGCUGCAAUUUGAUAUAUUCAGGUUAGUGGUACACCUAUACCAGACAAAAGGCUACCAGUCCAUAGGCCGGAGAACUAGCACACAGUUCAGAUGUUGAGGAUGUGAUGAUUGCAACAGCAGCUAAAUGGGUGUCAUUAGGAUUGUGUAACAAAACUACGUGCAGUAGGCUGGUAGCAACUCAAUCAGCAAAAAAAAGGUGUAGGUCUGUCCCUAAUUCAGGUUGUUCUUUUUCCAGUCCAUCCUUUAACUGCACACACAACAAGGGUGAUGUGCCCAAACUUUAACAUAUGGAAGAGGCUGCUUCAUAAAGCUUGAGUGUCAUCAUCUAUGCAGCAGAGGAAAGUUUUCAUUCUUGUUGUAUGAAACACACAUCGAUCGAGGUCAAUUCAAAGGGAGAAGUUUCUUUAAUGCAAUUUCAAACUCCUAGAUUUUACUUUGUGUUGCAUGUAGUGUGGGCUGAAAAGGCAGGCAGAGUACAACUCUAUUAUUAACUACACCAAGAAUAUCAUUUCCACUGUAUGGCCCAUAGCUCCAGAUUUUAUAGGAAACACACACACACACACACACACACACACACACACACACACACAGAAGUAACAUGUUUGUGAAUGUGAGAGGUUACUCAUUUGUAUUGAUUUAAGUGUCCAUCUAGUUACAGAAAUGACCAAAUAAUGUAUGUAGCCUUUCACAUUACAGUCACAU